UAUCAACUCCUUUACCCGUCGCCACUCGCAACAGGCUCUCGAUUUUACAGCUGCUGCUACUGCUGCUCCCGGUGUCCAAGUCCUAUUGUAAACCAAUAACAUUAAUAUUAUUGUACCUAUCGCGGACUCCAGUAACCGAUACUAUAAAGUGCGCCGUGUAACUGUAUCGGCAAUAAUAUUUUAAUUUUAAUCGAGUUGCCCGUUGUCCGUGACGGAGUCCACUAUACCUCGAUCACAACAACAAUAAUAAUGUGUUCGUCGUCCGAGAUCGUUUCGUAAUAAUACCACCGAUUGUUGUCGUUAAUUGUAUGAAUAAUAGUCCCGUGAUGACUCUAUUUUGCAAAUAUCGUUGAGGAUGUUAGACUCAUCAGACUCAAGUUGUUACGAUGAUUUGAUAGCUGUAAAAAUAAUCGUCUAAAACUGGAUGUUCACUGUACAUUAAAAUGGCGCUAACUGAUGAUGGAGAUGAUAAAGAAUGGCUUCAAAGCCUUUUGUCAGAUGUUCAACUUGAACAUUUCCUCAAUCGAAUCAUUGAAGAACUUCAAAUAACCAGAUUAGCUCACUUUGAGUAUGUUAAGCCAGAAGAUUUGGAAAAUAUUGGUAUUAGUAAACCUGCAGCUCGAAGGUUAUUGGAGGCUGUAAAAAAACGUAAAGGUGCUGAACGAAGACAUAAAAUUUUGUCAAUUUUGGGUGGGACACAAGCCAACAAACAUUCUACAGGAACACUAAAAAAAAAUACAUCUACAACUGAAUCUUCUCAACCAUCAGCUCUAUCCCUUACUUGUUUAAUUCUAGAAAAGGAUAUAAAGUUAUCUGAAAAAAUUGGUGAUGGUUCAUUUGGAAUAGUGAGUCGUGGAGAAUGGACCACUUCAACUGGUCGUGUUGUACAAGUUGCUGUUAAGAUGUUAAAACAAGAUGUACCAUCAUUGCCACAAAUGUUUGAAGAUUUUGUCAAGGAAGUUCAGGCUAUGCACACAUUGGAUCAUGUGCAUCUUAUAAAGUUAUAUGGAAUUGUUUUGACUCAACCAAUGAUGAUGGUAACUGAACUAGCUGCUCUCGGUAGUCUUAGAGACUAUUUAAGAAAACAAUGUGGCCAUAUUAUGAUUACUGAUCUAUGGGAUUAUGCUCUACAAGUUGCUACUGGUAUGGAGUAUCUUGAGAAAAAAAGGUGUAUACAUAGAGACUUAGCAUGUCGAAAUAUAUUGCUUACUACACCUCACCAGGUGAAAAUUGGUGAUUUUGGACUUAUGCGAUUAUUACCCAUGGAAGAAGACUGUUAUGUUAUGACUGAACGACGCAGAGUACCAUUCCCUUGGUGUGCACCAGAAAGUUUACGUACUAGACAAUUUUCACAUGCUUCUGAUACAUGGAUGUAUGGUGUUGUGCUUUGGGAAAUGUUUACUGGUGGUGAAGAACCUUGGGCAGGUCUUGAUGCUUCUCAAGUGCUAUCUAAACUUGUUAGAGAACGCCAGCGUUUAGAGCAACCAGAAGCAUGUCCAAUAAAUUUAUAUAGAUUAAUGCAACAGUGUUGGAUUCUGGAUCCAGGUGAACGCCCGAGUUUUAAAAGUAUUAGAAAUUAUUUAAAAAGUAACUCGCCAAACAUUGUUAAAGCUACAUCAGCUUCGGUAUCUCCUGAAUUUGGUGAUGAUUCUAGUAAAUUAGAAGUAGAAGUAGGUGAUAGAAUUAUUGUAAUUGAUGGUCAACCAGAUCAUUACUGGUGGAAAGGACAAAAUUUAAGAACUUUUCAAAUUGGAAACUUUGCUCGACGAUCAGUUGAUCCAAUGAGACGAAAAGCAUCAGAUGAUAUCAGCAAACCCCUUCGAAAUUCUUUCAUUCAUACUGGCCAUCAUGGUGAUGCUAGUGGAAAAAAUUGGGGCUUUCAUGAUAAAAUUGAUCAAGUCUAUUUAAACAAUCCUAUGGAGCCACCAGAUUUAUUAGGAGGUCGUCCAAAAAUUGUAGAAACUGGUCCUCCUAUACUACCAAGUCGAAAAAAUUCAGAUUUAGUUGAAAAAAAUGUACGAUCUAAAGCAGAAAAAUCCAAAAACACUGUGCUUACAUCGAUACUUCCAUCAAACAAACAAUUCAACUAUUCCAAGCUUACAGAUGGUCGUAAAAGAAGUUUACGGCCGGCUCCUGGUAGACCUCCUGGUCCAUUCCCUCGACUUCCUAAUGGUGAACCAGUUUUGGUUGAUAUAGAAGGAUGUGCACCACCACCAAUAAACCAUAAUACCAGUAAUUCUUCAUCCAUCAACUCAAAUUUAUCUAUUCUUGAUCAACCAAUUGAUGUUGCAGAAACUGACAAUUCUGAACCAUUUAAUUAUAGUCAUACAUACUCAAAUGUCAGUGGAUUAUUUUCUUCUGAACAACCUACUGAUCCAUUUGAUACUUCUAUCUUCGAAACUACCACUGAUACUGUUCAAAAAUUUCCUUCUUAUUCAGAUAUACACACUUUACAAUCCAAUGAGCCUGUUCUGACUAAUACGCCCAAACUUGAUAUGAACUUCAUUGCUGAACUUGAAAAAAGUUUAGGUAAAAAAGAAGCACAAGCAAACACUAAUCAAAUUGUAUUGGCACCUCCUAAUGUGGUUCCAAAAAAAUUAAAUACGGAAGUUUCAAAUUCAGCUAUUCCUCGACCUUCAAGUUCCAUAAAUAAUCUCACUAAUGGUUCAAACACAUCUAGUUAUUAUUCGACGACGGCAGAACUUGAUAUGUCAUUAUUCGUUUCUAAGUAUGAUUCAGAUCCAAUAUAUGCGGCCAACUUGAAUUCGGCAGAAAAUAAAGUCAAAGAAUUGUGUAUAAGUGAUAUAACAGCGCAUAAAAAUAUCAACAAUACAGCUUCAGAUUAUUAUAGAAAUGAUGUAUAUUCGAAUGUCAAGACUGAUAAUUUAACUGUUGCUUCAAAUUAUAGUUCACCAUAUUAUAGUCCACCAGUAGACCUAUCAAGGUACUAUAGCCAAACACCCAACAUGUAUCAAAUUGUUCCAGAGCAAAAUACGUCCGAUUCCUCCGUAUCUCAGCUUUGUAGUUAUUUUAAUAACACAGUGACCGAAGAAGAAUGUUUAGAUGCUUUAGAAGCUACAUGUUGGAAUUUCCAGGAGAGUGUAAAAUAUCUAAAAAUUAACAAUCUUUUAAGAUUAGGAAUGGCAUCCAGAGAAGCCUGUAUUACGGCUCUGAACAACUGUAACUGGAAUGUGGAAGAAGCUGCAUCUACUCUAUGUGAUGCUGUCUGAACUCGUCGCUUAAAGAAACUAAAGGGUUCUUCACCAAUAUCAGAAUCACUUUUAUUUUUCCCUAAGGGAAAUGUUUACUAUUGAAUUAUUCAAUUUGUGUACUAUAGUCUAUAUAUUUUAAAAUUAAGUAUACCUGUGAUAAAAGUUAUUUCCAUAUUAAAUAGUUAGCUAUCAAAAAAUAUAAUUAUAAAUAACUAUAUUAGUAUUAUCGUUUUAGAUAAAUGUAUAAAAAUCAAAAUCAUCACAAAAUUUACAUUUAACUUUUUUUUAAUUUUUCUAUUUUUUUUUUUUUUUUAUUUUUUUUUUUAAAUAAUAUUUAUUUUGUUUACAUAUUUUUCAAAAACAUUCAUUCUAUAAACUUAUUAGCAUGCUCAAUUAUCUUAUUUUAAAUCUGUGCACAAUGAACGAAUUAUUUGAAUCGGACAAAUAUGAACUAUAUAAUUAUUAAUCACAUCACAAACAACUAUUUAAUAGACCUUAUUAAAAUCAGUAUCGAUCAAAAUGUUCUGUUUAUUUGAGUUCAAAAUUUGUUCCUCAAUUCAGUAUUUUAUUUCAUAGUUGUAUCUACAUUAUUGAUCUGUUUAAAAUAAUAUAAAUAUUACAACUUAUUUAAGAGAACAAUAUUUUUUUUUGUGUGUUUAACUAUUUUCGAACAAAUCACUUAUAAUAUAAUAAAUGUAUUACAUAUUUAUAUUAAUUAUUAAAAAUCCAAAUUUAUUAAACUUACUUGAAAAUGUUAUGUUAUAUCUAGUGCAGUCAGCAGUUAAAUUUAUGUAUUCUCCAAAGUUACAUAGAAUAAGUAUUUAUAUUAUUUGUACGUUAUUUUUGUUCAGACUACCAGGGUGUUCUUUUUUUAUUUUAUCCGUUUAAUAGAAACAUUUUAUUUUUACCUUAUAAUUUUUAAAUUUAAUUUAUUAUUUACUCCUAAUAGAAAAAAAUCUACUCAAAUUAAAUUUUGUGUGUAUGAUAAAGUUUAUAGGCUUAUACAGUGGUAUUAUUAUUUUAUUAUACAUAUUUUAAUGAUCAAAGUAUUUACUAUUUAUUAUUUUGUAUUGAUAUUAAUAUUGACAACAAUGUUAGUGUUUGUAAUUUAACUGUCUCUUAAGUUUCAACACGCAGUAUUAUUUACCCGAAUUCACCUAUUAAUGUAGUAGCAUUAUAAAUGACGUUAAAUUAAUGAAAUAUAUUUAUUAAAAUUACAAAACAAAAUUGUUAUUAACUACCAUUUAUAUUGUUUGCAAUUUGUCAGACAAAAUUCACGCCAUAUAUUAUUAUAUUAAUUAGUUAUUACUUAUUACUAAUAUUGUUUGAAAAUAAAAAAUUAAAAUAAGAAUAUCAAUUAUAAUAUUAUAACCUCAUAUACAUUUGUAGUAUAUAUUUAAAAUGUAUGUUAAAUGAAUAUUAUUAAAAAUAUAUAUCUUUUCCUAUAUGAAAAUAAUGACAAUAUUAUUGUUUAAAAAUGUAUUAUUUUUUUUUUUUUAGUAAUUCAUUAUUAGGUAUAAAUUAUUAUAAUACGAUUUAAAUAACUAGUGGUUUCGACUUGACUAAAAUUCAAGGAGUCACUCAUGGAGAGAGUUAGUGUAUUAAUAUAAUGACACAAUAAAUGUAUUUUACUUCCUUUUCAAAAAUAUUAAUGGAGCAUAAUAUAUUACUUUAUAGGUAACUUUUUAUUAUGGUUAUAUAUUUUAACUUAAAUAUUUAUUUAUAGAUGACAACAGUACCUACCUAACUGUUGUAGUCAUGUAGGAAUCAUGAAAAUAUUAUUUGGUUUUG